CCAGCGCCGCUGCAGCAGCAUCAGCAUCAGCACCAUCCCCGGCAGACUCCCGACUGAUGCUCCGCGGAGCCGGGGAGAGGGACCGCCGCUCCACACCUGCACGCACAUCCCGCUGCACGCCCAAGGGAGGACAUAAAAGACAACUACACCCCCCCACCCCUCUAAUUCCACAGGAUCGUCUUGUUUACCAGCUGUCUGCCCGGCUGUGAUAUUACGGCAUGUAAGAGCUGGAUAACUAUUGCCGUGUGAGCGACACCCAUCCUGCAGCUGAUCACAACGCACCAUGUAAAAGCCCGGUAAAGCCGUUCUGAUUGGAGAGAUGAUCUGAGGACCACACGCCGCUGCCGCCAUGAAAGGGUUAGGAGCCAGCCGCAGUCGCCACCUGUCUGACUCGUGUGAACCGGCCGGGUGCCCUCAGAAGCCUCUGUGUCCUCUGACGUCUGACCCUCACGGCUCCUUCCUGUUGAGCCCUACUCUCAACCACUAUGGCACCCUGGACCCCCAUCUGCACCAGUGCCCCCCCACCAGCCCCACCGGCCUGCCCCCUGACUGCCUGCUGCCCUUUAGCCAGAUGUCCAGCAGCAGCACGCUUCCCCGUCUCCACUUCCCCCCCCAGACGGACCAGCUGGACUACUCUCAGGUCUGCAUGACCGGUGGGGGGGCCGGGCAGGGCGGUCGGCCCGCUCCUCUUUCCACCUCCUUGUCUAUGGGCAUGGGCUUGGGCCUGGGUCUGACCGGUGCCCCCAUGAUCACCAGUGGAUCUGCCACCAUCUCCUCCGCCGCAGUAGCCAAGAUGAACAGGUUACCCUCCAACCUUUUGGAUCAGCUUGAGCGGCACCUGCCCCUGCAGCGCGACGGCUUCAGCACGCUGCAGUUCCACAGAGGACGCGUGUCCAAGCAGCGCAGUGAGAGUCCGGGACGCAUACGCCACCUCAUGCACUCCAUGCAGAAGCUCUUCGCCAAAUCCCAGUCCUUGGAGAACUCUGUAGGGAAAGGCAGCAUCAACGGGCGUUCUGCCGGAGGUGGUGCAACAACCGGCAGUGGAGACGAAGGUGGCAGACAAAGUCGCCGGAGCAAGAGUAAAGACAGGGCCAAGACCGAGGGGCAAAAACAGAGACCUCGACCUAAUACAUUAGGCCUCUGGAGCUCAGACGACGCCCUGGACACUGACACUACCAAAGCUGGCCCUAUCGCUGUAGGAUACCGCAACCCACUGAGCAUGAUGACGCUUGGUAGAGCGGUGUCGGACAGCCAGGCUCACCCCAGACACAUCCCACAGGGCUACAACACCAUUUCUACACAUUCUCUGAAGACCUCAAAAAGCAGCAGUGACCUCAAAUUCCUGGCGUACCCGGUGAUGCAGGUGGGAUGCAAGGAAGACGAGGCCAGAACCAGAGAAAGCAAGGACGACAUGGUGGUGAAGAGGGGCUCCUGGUCCACGCUCACCCUCAGCCAGGCCAGGCAGGUGUUGCAGAAGGGCUCCGCUACCGUCAACAGGACUCUGCUCAAGUCAAAGUCAUGCCAUCAAGACCUGACACAACAGUUCCUUCAGGUACCCCUGGAGGACUGGACAGGGACUCUGGGUUGUGGACGAACCAAGGGGACUGAGAUUCCCUGCCGGAGGAUGCGCAGCGGCAGCUAUGUGAAGGCCAUGGGGGACCUAGAAGACAGCGAGGACUCGGAAGGGAGCCCCAAACCUUCCCCUAAAUCUGCAGCUCGUCGCCAGAGCUACUUGAAGGCUACGCAGCAAUCCCUGAGCGACCAGCAGCAGCCACCACUGCCUCCACGCAAGCCUCGCUGCUACGCUCUCAUGCGGGAGGAUUACCUGUGGUCUCCUCUGCAGAGUGCAUGCUCUAUGCAGCAUCUGAGCUCCCUGCCGUCCCUGAAAGAGCUGUCCACAAAUCGGAGCCUUGAUAACUUGGACUGUCUGGUGAGUCCCCUGGAGGCCCCCCCAUGUCACAGGAACAGCGAUUUCAGGCAAUCAUCCGCCACACUGGGCAGAGGCUUGGGCUUUCAGCGUGCGAGUCUGCACACAUUCUUGCAGGUAUGCGGGCCGGGUUGUGGCCACGCUGUGCCGUACUGCGAGGUGGAAUCACAGGCCGUGGAGGCUCUGGAUCUGCCUGCGCCUACGUGCUUCCGUUCUCGCAGCCACAGCUACUUGAGGGCUAUCCAAGCGGGCUGCUCCCAGGACGAAGACACAGCUUCUGUGGACUCAGACUCUCCGCCGCCCACCACUGGAGGCUACAGCUCCAACACAGCAGUCAGCAAUAGAAAGGCUCCUCCUCCGGUCCCGCCACGUUUCACCUCGAAGCCCCUCAUCUCAGUGACAUUGCAGAGCAGCACUGAGUCAGCCCAAGACACGUACCUUGACCAGCAGGACCGCGGCAGCGAGGCCAACAGCCAGUCGGGACGCAGCAACUCCUCCGAUAGUCUCUGUAGCCUCCGCACAGUCAGCCUGGCCAAGGGAGCCAGGCCUCUACCAGUCCCCGUCCUUGCUGCAGCCUCCGGACCUCCUGUUCCAGCCCCUCGUGACCUAACCUUUAACACCACUGUUGCUGCCACCGCCACUUCCACGUCUACUCAGUCCCAAAAUGAUACCGUGAGCGCUAUUAUCACCCUAGACCAGCCCCCAGCUGCAGCCAAGAGGAAGCUGUCUUCUAUUGGAGUUCAGGUGGACUAUCUUUUUCCAGUCCCGAGAGAAGAACCAUUACUUCUGUGCACACCUUUGAAGUUUCAGUCAAUUGGAGUUCAAGUUGAAAACGGCAGGCCCCUCAGCCGGGACAACAGCAUGGCCUCUAGGCAAAACACAGAGACUGAGCCUCCUCCGCAGGAUACUGCACCCACAGAAACCAACGCCACCAACUGCACUGACAGCCAGACAGUGAACACCACUGCAACCAAUGGACAGGACAAAGCCAUGAGACAGCAGUCCCUCAACCACACCCCAGUCGCAUCCAGGAUAUCCAGCUCGCCCCCCGCCACUCUGGACCCGGCGUUAGACCCCUCCUCUCUGCCACCGCCGGACCCCAGCCUGGAGUCCGGAAACUGCAGCACGCAGGGAGACUCUGUCCAGCCCGGGACGCCGGCGUGCCUCAGAGACGGUAACUGGUUUCUGAAGCUGCUGCAGGCCGAAACGGGUCGCAUGGAGGGCUGGUGUCAGCAGAUGGAGAAGGAGACCAAAGACAACACGAUCUCAGAAGAAGUGUUGGGGACGAUCCGCAGUGCGGUAGGCAGCGCUCAGCUGCUCAUAACAAAGAAGUUUGAGCAGUUCAGAGGCCUCUGUAAGGAGAACUUGAAUGUAAAUGCCAACCCACGACCAACAGCACAGGAUCUUGCAGGGUUCUGGGAUCUGCUACAACUCUCCAUAGAGGACAUCAGCAUGAAGUUCGAUGAGCUAUACCAACUAAAAGCCAACAACUGGCAACUUCCCGAAAAGCCAGAGAAGAAGAAGAAGGAUGAAAACAAGCAGCUUCCAUCAUCUGUGCCAAAGAAACCGACAAAGCCGCGGUUGUCAACGGGGAAGGACAGGAGUGUGGACUCUGCUGUGGACAAGCAGCGUCAAGAAGCCAGAAAACGCUUGAUGGAGGCAAAGCGGGCGGCAUCAGUACGACAGAACUCCGCCACAGAAAGUGCUGACAGCAUCGAAAUCUACGUCCCCGAGGCGCAGACCCGCCUCUGAGAGUGGAGCUGGCGCCAGUCAUCAAGGAAACUCAUGACUCACUUCAGACAUUCAUUGACACAAACACAGAUCUGAGAUGAACACACAAAAACAUACCACGGAUGCACAGAGGUCGAUCCUUCUCAGCAGCGCAGCUGACGGCCGGAGACACGGGGAUCACAGAGCACCCUAAUAUUCCAGUGUAAUGCAGAUCGUCAGCCUGCUGCCAAGGGACAGAAAUAAUCUUCACAGAUGUUUAAUACUAUUGUUAUUGUUAUUAUUAUUAUAUUAUUAUUAUUAUUAUCUCCUAAAGUAUUUCAAGACUGUCUUAAUUGUGCAACUAUCUUGGAUAAGGACAUUAUGUACCCUGUCAGCUGAAGAUUCUUGUUAUCCCAGAAGUUUACUCUUUAAAAAAAGAAAAAGGAAAAAAAAAAAGUUCCCAUCACUGUUGAGUUUUCCGGCAAAUUGUGGCUGCGCGGUUUGCAAACUGAGCUACCAUUCACACACACUCAGGACACAUAUGCAGGUGUACUCACUGUCCACAGAGUCUUCCUGUUCUCUCUUUGUAAUUAGGCUGCCACCCGCUACGUGUGGUGUGAGCGAUUUUACUGUCUUAAGAAUCAUGAUAUGGCUCUAAUGUCGUUGGAGUUUUAAAAUUCAGAGAACCAGAGGAAGGCGGUAGCAUAUACUAUAAAUAUCACACUAUUACAAUGUUCAUUUUGUAAAUGUUGUAUACCAGAUUAAUUGGUAGAAAGCGGUCAGUGUUCAGCACCAAGGUAGUUUUUUAUAGAUCAAGUACAUUUACUGUCAUUAUAUAUUAGCACUUGAUGCAAUCAUUCACUCCACCCUCCUCCGUCAUCCACUCCUUUUCACCUAGGCUCACUACACAGGUUGUCUGUGAUCGCCCAUUGUUAAAGUCUUAACGUUAGUUUGUUUUUGGUAAGGGAUUCAAGGAACGAAUGCCGAACCAGUGAGCUAUAGUGGAAUGUAUGAGUCGUAUCCAUUUACAGCUCAAGCUGACUUGAUUACUGCACUUUCCAUUCACCUCAGAUCAAGUUUGCUCACCUUUUUUCUUCUUUUUUUUUUUUUUUUUUUUCCUAAUCAUUCUGAAUUUCACUGCAUCUUUUAUCUGAUGCAGGGGACCAAGACAUUCACCACUUUAAUAUGGCAUUCCCAUUCAACAAGACCGUGCAAAAGGGUGGGGGUCUACUUGCUGCUGGAGAGGAAUUUGAAUAGCAAAGCAAUAAUAUAAUUAUAUCAGACCAAGCAUUGCCAUAAGUAUCCAGUCUCCUGUUAUUUAACCAAUAUUUCCAGUACGAUUUGCUUAACUUGAGGGAAGAAUGUCUUAUUUUGUUUAUGAACAGCGCUAUUGAAAUGUAACAUCUCAGGUUGAACACUCAAUAGUAAAAACCACUAUGGAAGGAGUGCUUGUUGUAUAAGCUCAGAUGAAUUGGCCAAACGCUUAUAACCUUUGCAUAAUCCUCCUCAUGCCUCCAGAACGGCUCGGCGUUUCUCUCCAGGGAUGAACAUGUUCUUUUUGGAAGUUGUGGUGCAGUAAUGCACAGAUGUGACUGCUUAAGUCAUCUGUGUGUUUGGCCCUCCUUUCUGACAGCUUGAACUCCCACCCCUGUUUUGUUUUUUUGUUUUCAUUUGUGAGAAUCCAAAUCUUUGGUUCAUUCUUAAUUUCAGUUUUUUUUUUGUUUGUUUUUUUUUCCUGUCAGCUGACACUUUUUGACUUUGAUCUUAAAUGCAGUCGACAUAAAAAUGUCUUGAAUUUUGUAGUUAUAAUCAAUAAUGCUACCUGGGAUUUCAUAGUGUGCCAAGACGGCUGUGAUCAUUUCUCAUUGGAUUGUUUUUUUUUUCAGGAGGGAUUUAAAAAAAAAAUAAUCUUUUUUUUUUAUAAUUUACGAAUAUUUUAAUUCAACCUUCUCAUGAUUCCAGCUGCUCAUGUGCAUACGUAGUGUUUGGAUCAGCUCGGUCCAGAUACGCGUUGCCUCAUCUGUUAAAACCCAAGACACUUUGUUGAAUUGGAACAUUCAAAGUUUGUGUUUUCUCAAAUAGAAACACAAAAUUCAAGAGUGUAACUGGGUACAUUAAUCAAUUGUGUAUUUUGGCAUAACUUUUUUUUUCUUAAGAACCGGCUCUCCCCCUACUGGUCAGUUCCUGCACAACACUCCAGGCGUGUUCAGCUCCAUUUAAUCACAAUUUAUCAAAGAAAUGAAGUUGAACUGGGAAUGCUGACACAACACUGCAUUGUCAACUUUCUUAUUCUCUUAUUUGUAUAACAUCAACAAUGGACGUGUGCACCUCAUUGUCCAAAGAAAUCAUUAAACAUCCCUUUGCUACAUGUCCUGGUCAUCAUUCCUGCUGUCUUUUUUAAUGGCACCCAUUCAUGACAAAAUGGUAAUAUUAACUACUAAGUUAAUAUUACACAUAAGUAAAUCUGAUCAUAAGCAGUAGACUAGUUCUUUUAUUGUUACUGUGUAAUCUCUUAAAGCAUGGCCUUCUUGCAUAUCCAAUGUACAAAGAUCCUUGCUAGUGAACUUUCAGUAUUCCUUUAAAUGGGUCUUGCAAAUGAUCCGGGGCUUUUCAAUCUGUGUAAGGCAUUCAGGGUAUGUACUGUGCAUAAGAGUUUAUAACUGUGACUAAUGGUGGAAAGUCCUUUUUCAUAUCAUUUUAGAGCCAGAUCCCUUUAUUUGCCUGUAUCCUGAGAGCAAGACCUGAUCAGGGAUCUUCAGAGGGUUUGUUUACCAGUACUUCCUGAGUUACAAAGGGCUACAAAAUGGACAUUAGUUGACCAGAAGGUGCAACUCUGGGGGUGAAUUAUGUGAACGCGCUAUUAUGCCACCAUGUGGAUGAGGCAAUAUUUUCUGGGUAAGUGGUUGAUUCAGUUUACGGAAAUGUGUAAAACAAAAGGUGCAGUGAAAAUCUUUUCAUUUGAGUAUGUUUGAUGCUUGAAGGACUGUCAUGCAGAACCAUGCAUUUGUUUUCAGUAUCUGCCCAAGUGGCCACGUCACCUCUGGCCGCAUAUCUGUCCUCUCAGAGAUCCUGCUAGAAAAAUGAGCAAAAAAAAUAUGUAGUUCCAGAGUAUCUUGUACUGACAUAUUUUACAAAAGAAGCACAUAUCUUACAGGUGAAGGGUUGUUUAAUGUUACGAUGUAUUAGUUAGACACUGUGAGCCUAGUUUAUUUUAAGAGAAUAAAGAAUUGUGACUGCAA